CUCUUUUCCAGUGAGAGGCGGUGGAGAUCAGAUCAUCUGAGCUCGGAUCACAGCAGUGGUGCACAGCUCACUGCCACAGUCACAACACUGUGACAUCCAUCAGGGAUUUCACUUUUCUUCUUCUUUUUUUGUUUUCCAUCAAACGGGUUCAGACUGAAGCAUCCCUCAAAGCGGGUGGCUUUUGGGUGAUCUGAGGAGGCUCACUGUCCCACCUAAACCGGCUGGAGAACGUCAUGACAGCCGAAAAGACGAUCCCCAUAAUAAAUGGAAAAGCAGAUGAAACGAUGGACCCCGAAGCGCCGAGCCCGAGCGCGGUGCGCAGCAAUGAUAAGAAGGUGGUGAAUGAGAGAGGACAGUGGAAUAAUAAGAUUGAGUUUGUGCUGUCAGUGGCUGGAGAGAUUAUCGGUCUUGGCAACGUUUGGAGGUUCCCAUAUCUGUGUUACAAGAACGGCGGAGGUGCUUUCUUUGUGCCUUAUGUCAUCUUCUUCGUCUGCUGUGGGAUCCCAGUCUUCUUCCUGGAAACAGCACUAGGUCAGUUCACUAGUGAAGGGGGCAUCACAUGUUGGAGAAAAGUCUGCCCACUCUUUGAAGGCAUUGGUUAUGCGACCCAAGUCAUCGAAGCCCACCUGAAUGUUUAUUAUGUGGUUAUAUUGUCUUGGGCCAUUUUCUACCUGUUCAACUGCUUUACAUCAGAGCUGCCCUGGGCGUCGUGUGGUCACUACUGGAACACGGAAAACUGUGUGGAUUUUAACAAUGAAAGCAUUGCCAACUUCACCAACCCAUAUUCCACAUCACCAGUCAUUGAGUUUUGGGAACGCCGUGUUCUCAAGAUAUCCUCUGGAAUUGAAGAAGUUGGCAGCCUUCGCUGGGAGCUCGCUUUCUGUCUACUUCUAGCUUGGAUCAUAUGCUAUUUCUGCAUUUGGAAAGGUCCAAAGUCAACUGGAAAGGUGGUGUAUGUCACUGCAACCUUUCCUUAUUUCAUGCUGUUGAUCCUUCUUAUUCGAGGAAUCACACUGCCAGGAGCUGCAAAUGGAAUUAAAUUCUACCUGUACCCUGAUAUGUCUCGUCUGUCAGAUCCUCAGGUGUGGGUGGAUGCAGGCACUCAGAUCUUCUUCUCGUAUGCUAUAUGUCUGGGUUGUUUAACGGCUCUCGGCAGCUACAACAGCUACAACAACAACUGCUACAGGGAUUGCCUCAUGCUGUGCUGUCUGAACAGUGGCACGAGUUUCGUGGCAGGAUUUGCCAUCUUCUCCGUCUUGGGCUUCAUGGCAUAUGAACAGAAUGUGCCAAUAGAGGCAGUGGCAGAGUCAGGUCCUGGUCUGGCGUUUAUAGCGUACCCUAAGGCUGUGACCAUGAUGCCCUGGUCUCCACUGUGGGCCUGCCUCUUCUUCAUGAUGCUCAUCUUCCUCGGACUCGACAGUCAGUUUGUGUGUGUGGAGAGUCUUGUGACCGCGGUCAUCGACAUGUAUCCCAAAACCUUCCGCGUGGGAUAUCGGAGAGAGCUACUCAUCCUGGGAAUGUCUGUGGUCUCCUUCUUCCUGGGUCUAAUAAUGUUAACAGAGGGUGGCAUGUACGUGUUCCAGCUCUUCGACGCGUAUGCAGCCAGUGGCAUGUGUCUGCUGUUCGUGGCCAUCUUUGAGUCCAUCUGCAUUGGCUGGAUCUAUGGUGCCGACAGGUUUUAUUCGAACAUUGAGGACAUGAUUGGAUACAAGCCCAUCUUCUUCAUCAAAUGGUGCUGGAAGUACUUCACACCCGGCAUCUGUGCUGGCAUCUUUCUGUUCUUCUUGAUCAAGUACAAACCGCUGAUGUAUAAUAAUGUGUACACGUAUCCAGACUGGGGUUAUGGGAUCGGCUGGAUGAUGGCCAUGUCCUCUAUGGUUUGCAUUCCUGUGGGAAUCAUAGUCCAGAUCUGGAAAACGAAAGGAACUUUCCGUGAGGUAAAAGCCUUUUUUUUAUUCUAGCUUUUUUGUGAAUUGUGCGUGUGUGUGUGUGUGUUACAUGUUAUAGUUUGUUAAGUUUGCACAACAUGGUAUCAGAAUAACAGAUUAAGUUGCAUUGAAAAAUUAACAUGAAUGUGAAAAUGUCUCGA